AUGUUGGCCCUAAUCCUACGAUAUGCGCUUAAGACAGGCAUUCGCUGGUUUCUGCCUCGAGCGUUCGUCCUAGAUAAAGUCUGGGGACUAGAAGAUCUUUUAGUCUUUGCUGGAUAUGGGUUCGACAUUAUACACAUGACGACUGUUGAGUUGAGGUAUUGUCUUGAUCAGAUGGAAAUGGACGAGCAGUAUUGA